UCUGAGAUUUCUCCCUCGCCGCGGGGGCAUGGCAUCGAAUCGUGCCAACACCGCAGACGUGUGCGUGACGCUUGUUCCCACGCGGCCACUUUAUCUCCGAUCCCCCUCUUCUUCUCCCUCCCGAGUUCCACUUCCACCCAUAAACCACACACUCCCACUCUCCGUCUCCCCCACCCAGGCAGACAGACUCGCACAAGAGAGUAGCAGAAGAGCUGAGGCUCCCGGCCUCCAACUCCAAGCAAGCUACUGCUAGAUCGAUGGCGGAUUGGGGCCCCGUGGUGGUGGGCGUGGUGCUGUUCGUGCUGCUGUCGCCGGGCCUGCUGUGCGAGCUCCCGGGCUCCCACCGCCACGUCGACUUCGGCGGCUUCCACACCAACGGCAAGGCCAUCUUCGUCCACACCCUCAUCUUCUUCGCCGCCUUCACCAUCCUCACGCUCGCGCUCCACGUCCACAUCUACACCGGCUAGUCUGCUCUGGGCCUCCUGGCUCCUCGAUCUGGACACGGGGAUCCAGUCCAGAUCGGGACAAGCCCUGGCUCCGCCGCUGCUUGUCUGCUCAUCCUCGACUGAACACAAGUGAAAGUGCGUGUAUGCUACUGCUAGCUAUGCAAGACAUCGUCUGUAAUUCGAUUCUGUAGGCGGAACACCUAGCUGGUUGCACUUCAAUCGAUCCAAUCGAGGAGCUAUUCAGGCAAACCUAGCUACUAGUUACUGCCUUCU